GCACAUUAACUCUGCAACAAGCAACCGAAAUUUUCUGACCAAAUUUAUGUCUGUCCUCUCCUCACUGUCCACGUCGGCACCUUCCUCACAAGCAAAAUGGCACUCCCUAACCUUACCGCCCCUCGCAUUCACCGCAUUUACAACUCUGCCACUGACCUCCCCUCUACCGCCUUCCCCUACCUAUUGCUGCUCCUCCACGGAGCUCAACCACCGAGACCCCCCUCUGUUUUUAGGGUUUAGGGUUUUAUUCUAUUCCGACUUUUGCGCUUGCCCAUUUGAAAAAUUUCCCAAAUUUCGAAGCGGGUGAAGAUUAAUUUCUAAUUCGGAGUGGUGAGCUGGAAUGGAUGAUGGUGUUGUGGACUAAUGGGAAUGGGAUUGCAGGUUUUGGUGGGACGGCCAACGGAGUAGUCAGCAGUGAGUUUUUGAUGCUUUUUCUUGGGAAUGGCUUUCUGGGGUUUUGGUUUUGGUAUCCAGAGGUAGGAAGAAAGUGGCUUUUCUGAAUUUCAUGGUGUUAUUCUGUAGCAAAAAGGUGCUGCAUUGUUCUGUAUUUCGGUUGGGAAUGCAGCUUCUUUUGGGUGCUGAAAUUUGAGUUUGGCGGGUGAAUUUUGGAAUUUCUUUUGAGUUAUUGUGUUUGAUUGGGAAAAAGAUGGAUGGGAGGCGACAUUCUGUUGAUAUUCCUAUCUCGAAAACUCUUGUGCAACUGAGGAGGGUGAGGUCUUUAAGGGAUCCUGAUACUAAUUCUAUGAGCAAGUACUCUGCUUUGGUUGAGAAUGUGAACUGGGAAACGAAUUCGAAUAAUGACAUUUCUGUGCAGUUCAUGAAUAGUUUCCAAGGUGGCUCUGACAAACAUCGUUCUUUUAGAUCAAAGAAUCCGGGUCUGUAUGGACUAGGAGGGGAUUGCAUAGAUGAUUUUGAAUUAGAUUGUGCUUUAGGAAAAUCUAGGUUUAUCUUGCAUGAGAAUUCAGAGUGGAUUGGAAGUACAGGGAGUCGUCUGGUUAGGAGCAAACAAGCUGAAGAAUUUGAUUUUUCAGGAUCAGAUAAGGAAGAUGUGUAUGGAAAUAAAUCCCUCAGUGAUAGACACUGCGGCAGUCAAAUGGAUAAAGGAUUGGCCUUGACAUGCGUCAACCCUUUGGAGGAUGGGGAUUAUGAAGCAGCUGGUAGAUCAUUGCAUUUAGAAAGAACAGAUCAGAUUGCAUCAAAGAGACAAUCACAACGCAAAAAUAAUGUAAAUUCGUUCAGGGAAGUUGGUAAUUUUCGUAAAGUUUGCAGUCCAUGCCGCUCAGCAAGUGAUUCUCUUUCAAGCCAUAGUGCAUCUUUAUUUGUAAAUGAAGAGGCCGAUGCCAUUGAUCACAACCGUCCUAGUUGUGAGGUCAACUGCUGCUGGUCAAGAACCCCUCGAUUCAGAGGAGCUAACCUCCCUUUCAACGUAGAUGAGUUUCCUUUGUUAUACAAGAAUGCAGAUGAGAGUGCGCUUUAUGAACAGAAGAGCUUGAAACACAUUGGCAAUGAAAGGAGUCCGUAUCCUAGGAGUCUGAGUCAGAAAUUCAGGCCAAAAUCUUUUAAUGAAUUGGUGGGACAAAAUGUAGUAGCGAGGUCUCUUUUGGGAGCUAUCUCUAGAGGAAGAAUAGCCUCGUUCUAUCUAUUUCAUGGCCCUCGUGGUACAGGAAAGACAUCUGCCGCAAGGAUUUUUGCUGCUGCGCUAAAUUGCCUUUCGCAUGAGGAGCAUAGGCCAUGUGGUCUCUGCUGUGAAUGUGUUUUGUACUUUUCUGGAAGGAGUGGGGACAUCAAGGAAGUUGAUUCUGUGAGAAUCAAUCGAAGAGACAGGGUUAGAUCUCUUAUUAAGAAUGCAGCUAUUCCUCCACUUUCAUCACGGUUUAAGGUUUUGAUUAUUGAUGAGUGCCACCUGAUGCAUGGGGAAACAUGGGCAACGGUUUUGAAUAGCAUAGAUAACCUUUCUCAACAUGUUGUCUUCGUGAUGAUCACUCCAGACGUCAAUGAGCUUCCCCGAAGUGCAGUUUCACGGUCUCAAAGAUUUCACUUUCCAAAGGUUAAGGACGCUGAUAUUGCAAGCAGAUUAGGGAGAAUCUGUGUUAAAGAGGGUCUUGAAUUUGAUCAGGGUGCUGUUGACUUUGUUGCUUCCAAAUCGAAUGGUUCACUUAGGGAUGCAGAGAUGGUGCUUGAUCAACUAAGUUUACUUGGCAAAAAGGUCACAAUGGCCCUGGCAUACGAGCUUAUUGGAGUCAUCUCGGAUGAUGAAUUACUGGGUUUGCUAGAUAUGGCAUUGUCAUCCGACACUUCUAAUACGGUAAUAAAAGCCAGGGAGUUGAUGAGAUCUCGGGUUGAUCCUAUGCAACUGAUAUCACAGUUGGCAAAUCUUGUUAUGGACAUUCUUGCUGGUAAAUGUCAGGACAAUGUUUCUGAAGUCCGAAAAAAGUUCUGUAGCAGGCACACCUCUGAAGCGGACUUGCAGAAACUGACUUUUGCAUUGAGAAUAUUCUCCGAAACUGAGAAGCAAUUAAGGGUGUCCAAAAAUCAAACAACAUGGCUUACUGCAGCUCUGCUGCAGCUAAGCUCUGUGGAGUCUUCCUCCUCGGAUGGAAAUGGUACAAAAUUGUGUUUCAGAACGGACAGCUUCAAGAAUCUUGCCACUUGUUCAUGCAAGUUAAAUACACCAGACAAGUUGCGCAUGCAGAAGGAUAGUGAUGGAAAGUUGGAAGCCGUAUGGAAGAGAGCUACAGAUUUAUGCCUAUCCAAUUCACUCAAGAAUUUUCUGAAGAAACAAGGAAAAUUGUCUUCCUUGCUUCUUGGUCAAGGUUUAGCAAUAGCUGAGUUGGAAUUCUGCCAUCCUGAUUAUGUAUCAAAGGCUGAGAAGUCGUGGAAGAUCAUUGCAAAUUCACUUCAAUCUAUAUGUGGUUGCAAUGUGGAGAUCAGGAUCAAUCUUGUACCUUGUGCUUCUGAUUCCAAGUAUGCGAAAGUGAAGAAGUCAUCUUUGAGGUUGUUCAGCUGUUCCCGCAGAAUGCAGCAGAAGUCACAGUCAUCUACCAAACGUGGAACUGAUUCAGACUAUUCUGAGUAUACAUCUGAAAAGCCCAUGUUAAGUGACCAACCGACUUUACCUUGCUCCUCUGAGUGUUCUUAUAAAAUGCCAAAUAACUGCAGUGACAGAAUGGUGGUGGUAAGUACUUUGAGAAAUAGCGAAGGAAAUAUACUCAGCACAAGGACUGCCUCAUCCCACAGAUCAUUUGAAGAUGAUAUGUCAAAGAUACCUGGGGUAGUGGUUGAUUCUUCGAAGGAAGAGGGAAGCAACCAUGAAUUCCAGGUUUUAUCUUUUGAAGAACCUGAACAUCAACCAAAUUGUUUUCCUAGAACUCUGAGGCUUCAAAAGAAGUUCCGUUCGUCAAAUGCUUCUCAGACGACCUGUUGCACCAAACAACAUAACAAGACUGCAUCAUAUAGCCUAAGCAAGACAUCUUUUGGUACAUGUCUCGUGGGAAAUGAUUCAUAUGUUUUCUGCAGCGGUGCUUGUAAUAACACUGACAGCUGUAUAAACGAGAAUGUACUGAAGAAGAAUUCAGCCAUGCUCUGUUGGAGAACCCCAUGCUUCACUCGGGAAAGGCCUUACAGUUGAGACAUAAGCGACAACAUUUGAACCGAGGGUGUUGGAUUCUUCCCUGCGCAACUGCUAAGUAGUUCUACAAAGGAGGAGCACAUGAGAAAAUAACCAUAAUUUAUCAUGACAGUUGCAGAGGAGCUCGAAAGACUUCAUAUAUCACAUAUUUCUUUUUGUAGGAUUAUAUUUUGCAAUCUGCAGCGGUUGUCAUUGAUGUUAUAGAUAUUUUCUGGACCCGGAUUCAGGGUUUUACAUAGAGUAUCUAGCAAGAACUGUUUCUUCUCCGAUCUAGUAAGUGUUUCUUGUUUGGUUUCGUACAUGCCUUGCUUACGAAAACAGUACUGUACAACCGGUGUGUACCCUACUAACUCUCGGUCUAGUGAUAUUUCUGCUUCCAAUGCAAUGGAACAUUCAUUACAA